UUGGGAGUAAUGGCAUAGUUCUCGUUUGAAUGCGGACAUCAUCGCCACAGUUUGAUAUAUCGCAAAGUGGAGAUAGCAGACGAAAGGAUAUUAACUUCUAGGACGGACUUAACAGGAUAACGGUGCGCUCUGCACUGGAAUAGUCGUGACGUACAUGGUGGAGAAGAUGAGCACACUGUCCCCGUUCACGCCGCCGAUCGUUAAAAGACUUCUCGCGUGGAAGAAGGGCGACCACGAGAGGGAUGACAAGUGGAGUGAGAAGGCCGUCAAGAGUCUGGUGAAGAAACUGAAGAAGACGGGCGGGAUCGACGAACUCACCAAGGCCCUGUCGACGCAGGACCAGAACACGAAGUGUAUCACCAUACCCAGAUCUUUAGAUGGACGUUUGCAGGUUUCUCACCGUAAAGGCCUUCCCCAUGUCAUAUACUGUCGCCUGUGGCGCUGGCCGGACCUCAACAGUCACCAAGAGUUACGGGCCAUUGACCGGUGCGAGUACGCGUUUAUUCUGAAGAAGGACGAAGUAUGCGUCAAUCCGUUUCACUACACGAGAGUUGAACCCCCAGUCCUUCCGCCUGUCCUUGUGCCACGUCACUCGGAAAUACCCGACAAGAUUCCCCAGAUUGACGACUACAAGACCACCGUACCCGAAAACACGGAUUUCCCCGCCGGCAUCAAUGAUAACUUCAGCAUACCUGAUACUCCCCCUCCGGGGUACAUGAGCGAAGAGGGAGACACGUCCGACACCUCAGCUAUGGAUGGUAUCGACGUUUCUCCCAGUCCACCCUGCGAACCUGCUGAAAGCAAUGACCUGCAGCCGGUGACGUACAAGGAGCCUGAUUUCUGGUGUUCCAUUGCGUACUACGAGCUGAAUACGCGCGUCGGCGAAACCUUCCACGCCUCCCAGCCCUCCCUCACCGUCGACGGCUUCACCGACCCCUCCAACUCAGAGCGCUUCUGUCUCGGGCUUCUGUCCAACGUCAACCGAACGCAGCAGGUCGAGAUGACGCGCAGGCAUAUAGGUAAAGGUGUGCGUCUGUAUUACAUCGGCGGCGAGGUGUUCGCAGAAUGUCUGAGUGAAAACGCUGUCUUCGUCCAGAGCCCAAACUGCAACCAGCGAUAUGGCUGGCACCCCGCUACCGUGUGUAAAAUACCUCCAGGGUGUAAUUUGAAAAUUUUCAACAACCAGGAGUUUGCGGCUCUACUUGCGCAAUCGGUGAAUCAGGGCUUCGAGUCUGUCUAUCAGCUAACAAGGAUGUGUACGAUUAGAAUGAGCUUCGUCAAGGGCUGGGGUGCUGAAUACAGACGACAGACGGUGACGAGCACCCCGUGUUGGAUUGAGAUUCACCUCAACGGACCCCUCCAGUGGCUGGAUCGGGUCCUCACACAGAUGGGUUCCCCAGGACUGCCCUGUUCGAGCAUGUCAUAACACGCCGCAGAGUGCACAAACAGUUGACGUGUUGUAGUGUGUGUAUAUACAUGCCAUUACACAUCUCUAAGUGUGUAUACAUGACGUAACUCAUCUAUAAGUGUGUAUACAUGCCAUAACUCAUCUCUAAGUGUGAAUACAUGCUGUAGCACAUUUCUAAGUGUGUAUUCAUGCCGUAGCACAUCUCUAAGUAUGAAUACAUGCUGUAACACAUCUCUAAGUGUGUAUACAUGCUAUAACUCAUCUCUAAGUGUGAAUACAUGCCAUAGCACAUCUCUAAGUGUGUAUACAUGCCGUAACUCAUCUACGUGUUAUAAUCUGUGUGUGUACAUGCAGUUAACGGGUCUUGACAUACUAUAAUGUGUAUAUACUGCUACAGCCGUAUAAAUUCAGAAAAUUGUCUCGGCAAAAAAUAAAUGCUGACACCCAAGUUGUUUGCUUCAGCUAGAAUACAGUUUGCUUCGGCCUUUGCGUAUCUUUAGUUUAAAUGCCUAUACCAGUAUGUUCUCACAACACCAUUUUAUAUAUAGAUAGAUCGA